AUGCAGCAGCCUCCACAGACUGUUCCAGCAGGAGUGGCAGCUCCACCUCCUGCAGGCAUCGCUCAGAACAUGUACUGGAGAAACAGCUCGCUCGGGAAACGAGCAAAUGCCACAGCUGCCCCGGUGCAGCCUGUGACAGACCCUUUUGCAUUCGGCAGACAAACUCCGCAGGGUUCCCCUCUAGAUAAUCCAUCCAAGGGCAAUGCAUUGCUGAUGCAAAGUUCUUCCCCAGCAGUGUUUCCGCAGCCAGUUACACAUACUUCACCGCCACGUACAGGGGACAGUGCUCAUGGACCCCACACAUCUUUAUCAGCUCCUGUACCUCAGCCAGGAAUAAAUACCAGUACGUUUGCCAACGUCCCGAUGCCUUCGCCGUCCCCAGGAUAUGUUGUCAAUAGUGCUACGGAAGCACAUCCGAAUGCGGAUCCUGGACUCCGUGGGCCUCCAGCACCGUUGCAUUAUAAUACAGGAGCAGCAGUUGAGAAUUCUUUUGGUGUGCAUCCUGGAAUGGUGUCCGCCUCCAACAAACCUGGAGGUAGACAAGAUGUUAGUAGAGAUCCCAAUGACAUUCCUUCAGGACCCAGCGCAACCGCCCUCUUCCCUCCGCCUCCUCAGCAGGCUGUGUCUCAGUGGAGGCCUGUUCAAGGUCACCUGCAGUCUCCAGUUCGGAAUUUUGUGCCCUAUCCUGAGCCGUCUUCUCAAAUGGACGUUCAUAACAUUUCGCAGGCUUCUGUUAGCACUUCUCAUCCUCCUCUGCAGGCGAAUUUACAGCAGGGUCCUGUACACCAAGGUGUUCCACAAAACACUGUGCAAGCGCCUUUAUCUGUUGGUUGUGAAAGGAAUGGGAAAAAUGGCUCUGGAAGUAGCAGUCAUCACCUGAACAGCAUCCCGCCUGGAAAUGUGUUUAGGCAGAACACAGAAAUGGCUAACGCUUGGUUAAGUCAGCCGUACCAGGAACAGUUUUACCCACAGCCACCGUUGCAAGACUCCAGUUUUGUCAUUCCCACAGCUCAGGAAAAUAACUCCAAAAACCAGUCUCUGGAUAUGUCUGAAACAUCCAAUAGACCGAUUCCCGCAGAUGGAGAUUCGGGAACUCUCUCCAUGUUUUUCAAAGGGGAUGAGGCAGAAAAUGAAGAAAUACUUUCAUCUGAAAAAAAUUACAUAGUUGAGAAAACGGAGUUUGAUGCUUGCCAGCCGAAUUCGGCAUCCUUGUAUCACCAGCCGGUGCACCCUCAGCGGGUUGCAGGGUGCUCUCAGGCGCAGGUCGGUGCAGGUUCAGCCAACGAGAUGGUACAGAAAGGAAUGGAUGUCCAGUACUUCCCUAAAAUUCUGAGUCAGCAGGAGACCCAGGCCGCUAAGCACUCUAUGUUUGUUAGUGAUGACAAGGCACGUAUAGGUGACGCGUCUGGGAACGGCGGGUCACAGUAUGAAAACGUCGAGAACCUGGAGUGCAUUCAGAAUCAAGAAGUGCUGCCAAGCGAACCCCAGAACGUCAGUGCUUCCUCCCCUGCGGCUGGUCUUGAUCUGUACAGAUACGGAUCCUUUCCAGGUCAGAUGCUUCCAAAGAAUGCUGUUGUGAGCCAUGCUGAAGGAGGACCAAAUUUGGAGGCACCUGAUUCGUUACCUCAUCCUGUCCGACCAGAUAGUGUAUCUUCAAACUAUAGCACCAUUAGCCAUAGGAGUGCUUCUGGCUCAGCCAGGCCUCAAGAGCAAGUCGGUACAUUUAUUCAGCAAGAAAGUGGGAAGCCUGAUGAAGAAUCUUCUGCUAGCUUCUUCAAACAGAUUGACUCCUCUCCUCUGGGAGGUGAUGCAAGUGAGCUGAACCUGGGCAAAAACUACCAUGGUAAUCUAUCCCAGCCUCCAACUCCAAGUCCUCCUAAGCCUACAGGAGUGUUUCAGACCAGUGCAAAUAGCUCUUUCGAACCUGUGAGGUCACAUGGAGUUGGUAUAAAACCUGCAGAGAUUGACCAAGCAAAGAUGGUGGUUGAAUUCAGAGAGAACCACUCAAACCAAAAGAAUAUCAAGAAGAAUACAGCUGUGCCAGCUGCAUCUCCAGGCAAUCUUGAACAGCCACCAGAUAAUCUGGAAACUAUUUUCAUGCCUCAGGUACACCUGCUGCCUCUUGCAGUCACUGGUGAAGCUGGAAAUACGUUGCACUCUGGACCUGUUAUGGAAAACAUACAGUCAGUACCUGAGAGAAGGUCCUUAACAAGAGCUCAGGGAGCAGUUAAGAAGUGUGAUAGCCCAGUAACGACUUUGUGGGCUCAUAAUGAGUUGCCUAAUUUUGGGGGAAACGUUCUUCUAGCUCCUGCUGCUCCUGCAGUGUGCGUACCUGCCAAACAAACUGUAGAAGUCAUUCAGCCACCAGAAGAAGGCCUGUCUAAUCAGCAGCCGAGUAAACCAGGCACUAUUGCUGUGCACCUUUCCCAGGAUGGAAAUAUAUCUUCUGAAAACCUUGAGAAUCCUCCCAAAAUGGGAGAAGAGGAGGCACUUCAGUCUCAGGUGACAAAAGAUGUACAGCAUCAGGCUGUAUCGGACAGAGGCGUGCAGGGAGCACUGCCGUCUCAGUCACAAAUGCAAGCCGCUCAAAUGCAGCAGCAGACAUCCUCCGUUCCUUCCAACUACCAGAUUGCUGCAGGGCCUAAAGCCAUGCAGCCGUCCCAGCAGCGUGAGAACCAGGUGCUGAGUAACCACCCUCAGCCUGUGGGUCCCCAAGAGGCGGGUGCAGCACAGCUGACAAGGUACGAUCAGAGCCCUGAGAAGCAGCCAGCGUCUGGACGGCCGUCGGGUUCUCCGACUUCCACAGCCCCUUCUGCCGCCACCGGUCAGUCAGUCAUGCCAAAUGUGCAACAAGACCUGCAGCGUCCACCCCUGGCUCAGACUCCUCAGGAUGCCUUUGGUCCACCCCAGAACCCUUAUUACUACUAUAGACAUCCUUAUGAUGCUUACCAGCACCCGUACCCACCACCUUAUCCUCCUGCAGACCCCAGAACAGCCGCUCAUCUUUAUUACAUGGAGGAUAGCUAUGGACAGUAUGACCCACGGUACAGACCCUACGAUAGCACCAGCACUGCCUACAUGGAGCCUGGGAGCUAUCGGUAUUCUGAGCCUGAACGUCCCAGUUCCAGAGCCAGUCACUGCUCUGACAGGCCACCUUCUAGGUACGCAGCUCCUAAAUGGA